AAAUUUAUAAAUUAAAAAUUGUAAUAAAUGAGUCUUGCAUUCUAACCAAUUUGUUUUAUUUUUAUUGGAAUGCGUUCUGCUUUAUAUAAGCGAUAAUUACCGAUAGGCUAGAUUUAAGCUGCAUAACUAUCGAUAGGCUGUUCAGCCAGCUGCUCGAACGUUUGAGCGUGUUGAAAAAUAAUAAACUGGAAAAUGUCCCAACAAAAUGCAAAAUUAAUCAAUCAAAAGGAAUAUUUGAAAAAAUAUUUGUCCGGUGACAAAGAAAAGAAAAAGAAGAAAAAGGAAAAAAAGCACAAAAAGUCGGCACACGCUAAAGUCAAAAUUAUUGACGAUGAUGCCUACGAUGCAAAUAACGAGGAAAUAGACGAGGAUUUGUUGCUAGGUGGCGAAGAUGCGCCACAAAUUGUGGGCGAAUACAUUGAGGAGAAUCCUGAUGCUAUGCGCAGCAAGUGGCGCAACAUCGCAGUUAAGGAUGAGCCCAAGACAGAGGCCGAGGAAAACGGAAUCAAACGCGAGCCCGCAGAUGAGAUUGAGGAAGCGAAUUUGUGGGGUCGUAAGGCGUCAACAAUGAAAACCAAACAGGAGCCGGAGUUUGCUGUGAAAAUCAAGAUAGAGAAGCGUAGCACCAGCCGAGAGUUGAGUCCGCCGGCAAUCGACAGACGCCGACUCGACCAAAGCCCAACGAGACGCAGCCCGCUCAGAAAGCGUCUUGACUCGGAUCAGAGUCCAGGUAGACGUCGACCUGAGUCGGGUGAAUCGCCAAAUAGGAGGAAAAGACGAAGUGUUGAUCAAAAUCCACCCAAGAGAGAGCGAAACUUGGAUCAAUCGCCGCCUCGGAGGAGAGAUGAUGAUCAAAGCCCACCCAGGAGGAGAAGAGAUGCUGAUCAAAGACCACCCAAGAGUGAAAGAAAUGAUGAUCAAAGUCCACCCAGGAGGCGAAAAGAUGAUGAUCAAAGUCCACCCAGAAGGCGAAAAGAUGAUGAUCAAAGUCCACCCAGGAGGCGAAAAGAUGAUGAUCAAAGUCCACCUAGGAGAAAAAGAGAUGAUGAUAAAAGCCCACCAAGGAGACGUUUCAAUGCAGACCAAUCUCCAGCUCGAAGGAGAAAAGACGCAGAUCAAAGUCCGCCCAGACGAGGGCGUAAUGAAUCGCCGUCUAGAAGGAGAAUGGAAGCAGAUCAAAGCCCGCCCAGAAGACGUCAAGAUUUGAAUCAACUGAAAAAGAGACGAGAUUCUGAUCAAUCGCCGCCGAGAAAGAGAAGAAAUUCUGAUCAAAGUCCGCCCAGACGACGUCGAUCAGGCAGCAGAGAUCGUCGACAAGCGUCGCCAGUCAGAAUUAAAAAAGAGGAACGCAAAAGCCGAUGGGCUAAGGAGGAGCCCAGUCGAACGCCAUCGCCUCCGCCAACUCACAAGCCGAAAACUCAAACACAGAUGAGAACGCUGGAUGGAAAAAAGGCGGGUCUGCAAGAUGCUCAAUCCUUGAAGACCGAAACGGAUGAGCGAAGGCGCGAGGAGCGACGUAUGUUUGAGCAAAUGUCCAGCGAGGUGUCCGGACGGGAUGCAGAGGUGCAAAUGCGCAGUACGGGUCGACGUGGACGACGCGCACGUGAUGCGGCUGCGGAGGAUCCAGCGGAGCGCCAGCGCAAAGAGGAGCAUGAGCAGAAGAAAAAGCAGCUCUACGAUCGCUGGGGCAGGGGGCUCAAGCAGCUAGAGGAGCAGAAAGCGAGGCAUGAGGAAAUGGCGCACGAGGCGGCAAAGCCUGUGGCUCGCUAUGCCAACGAUGAGGAUUUGGAGAGACACCUGCGCGAACAGGAACAUGCGGAUGAUCCCAUGCUAGAGUACAUGCGACAGAAGCGCAAGAAACGAGAACAGCAUUCGGAUAAACCUGUCCUACCCGUCUACGAAGGCAGCUAUCCAGAGAAUCGAUAUGGCAUACGGCCUGGUUAUCGGUGGGAUGGUGUGGAUCGUUCCAAUGGGUAUGAACAACGCUGGUUCGAUAAACAGAACGAGCGACGAGCGGCGCAGGAUGAGGCCUACAAAUACAGCGUCGAGGAUAUGUAGAAAACACUUGCAUUUAGUAU